AUCAUGGCAAAUCUGAGCCGACCCUCUGAAUUUGUCCUCGUGGGCUUCUCCUCUUUCGGUGAGCUGCAGGUCCUCCUAUAUGGCCCUUUCCUCGUGCUCCAUCUCCUCUCCUUCAUGGGAAACACCAUCAUCAUCGUCAUGGUCAUAGCUGACACCCACCUACAUAUACCCAUGUACUUCUUCCUGGGCAAUUUUUCCCUGCUGGAGAUCUUGGUGACCAUGACUACGGUGCCCAGGAUGCUCUCAGACCUGCUGGUCCCCCUCAAGGUCAUCUCCUUCACUGGCUGCAUGGUCCAGUUCUACUUCUACUUUUCCCUGGGUUCCACCUCCUUCCUCAUCCUGGCAGACGUGGCCCUUGACCGCUUUGUGGCCAUCUGCCACCCACUGCGCUACGGCACUUUGAUGAGCUGGGCUGUGUGUGUCCGGUUGGCUGUGGCUGCCUGGGCAGCUCCCUUCCUAGCCAUGGUACCCACCGUCCUCUCCCGAGCUCAUCUCAGUUAUUGCCAUGGCAACGUCAUUAACCACUUCUUCUGUGACAAUGCACCUCUGCUGCAGCUGUCCUGCGCUGACACCCGCCUGCUGGAAUUCUGGGACUUUGUGAUGGCCUUGGCCUUUGUCCUCAGCUCCUUCCUGGUGACCCUCAUCUCCUACGGUUACAUCGUGACCACUGUGCUGCGGAUGCCCUCUGCCAGAGGCCUCCAGAAGGCUUUCUCCACGUGCGGGUCUCACCUCACACUGGUCUUCAUUGGCUACAGCAGCACCAUCUUCCUGUAUGUCAGGCCUGGCAAAGUGCACUCUGUGGAAGUCAACAAGAUCGUAGCCUUGGUGACUUCAGUCCUCACCCCCUUCCUCAAUCCCUUCAUCCUCACCUUCCGCAACGAGACAGUCAGGACAGUGCUCCGGGGGCAGAUACAGAGGCUGAAAGGACUUCACGGGGCACCGUGAUGAUCCCACGGGACCUGGCAGGGCUCGGUUGAGCAGUUCCGUGAGGA